AUUCAAAGGCAUUCGAUAGAUUAGUGACCGACGGUCUCCAAACGUUAUAGAUGCUGCUGUCCUCGGCGACUGCCUCCGAACUGUCGGAGAACAACCGCUGGAGGAUCGGGUUACCCGGGAAGGCAUAGCUGGUGAAGAAGGCGCUCCGGGCACGCCCUCGCGUCUUGACAACCGUCCACACUUCUUAUUCACCGUAUAACCACAAUUUCCGGAACUGCGCACUGCGCCGACAGCGCAGUGUGCGCUCGACCGUAGCGCCCUCUAUUCACCAGAGAUGUGAACAUGGCGGCUACGCUCUCGGAGGACGAUUUCCAACGUCUGCAGACGCAGCUGCUGGAACUUCGGACUAAAAAUUAUUCCUUGGACGAGCAUUGCAGGCGCCAGAGCCAAGAGGUGGUCUCCCUGAGGCACAGCCUAGAUGAGCACAAGAAGGAGCUCGCCAAGGCCAAUUCGGCCCUGAGUCGGAGCAAGAAGGCCAAGGAGGUGGAGAGGCUGCUCGUGGACAAUGAGGUCCUCCAGCGCAAGCUCCAGAGUCAGGAGGAUGAGUUUCGACUGCAGAACCAGACCCUCAUGCACGAGCUGUCUGCGACCGUCCAGGCCAGCGAGGCUCUGGAGAAGAAGCUGCAAGAGCUGCAGGGAAGCAACACCCGCAAGAAAAGUCCGGAGUCCAACAAGGGAGACUCGAAACUUCAGGACGAGAUGCGCAGGCUCCGGGCGGAGAACUUGGCCCUGCAGAAGUCGCUGACCGGAAUGCUCGGCAACGUUGAAGGAGGUAUGCCCACUAUCGACCAUCCACUAAUGGUUGACGGCGAGGACGGACUCUCGGAAAUAAUUGACCAAAGGUCCAUGGAAGCCAAGUUGCAGCUCAACAUUGAGAUUGAGGAGAAGAACAUGCUGAAGGGCCAGCUGGCGCAGUUGGAGACGCAGUACAAGAACGAACGUGAACAGCUGGAAGAGGAGAACGAGAAGUUGGCCGAGAAACUGAAGCGCAAGCAAGAGAGCUUUCUGCAGAUUCAGCAGGAGAAGGAUGCCAUCUACCUGGAAAGCAAGAAAGCUCUAGAAGCCAUGCAGAGGAGCAAGGACCAGGAAAUCCAGCAACUGAAGGAGAUGAUUCAGAGGCUGCAGGGACAGCUAAACAGUGCAUUGCAGUCGCAGCAAGAUCACCAAACUGUCAGCACUAGCACCAUUCAGCAGCUGGAGGAGACAAUUACCGAGCUGCAGACGAAGCUGAACAACGCAUCCCCCGACCUGCUUCAGCAGACCCUCGCCGAGAAGGCAUCGCUGGAGAUGCUGCUGCGAGAUUCGUGCCAAAAGAGCGACAACUCGGACAAGGAGCGGGAGGCUUUGCUUAGGAUGAACGAGGAGAUGGCAGGCAAGAUAACUUCAAUGCAGAACACCAUUGAUGGUUUAGAAGAUGCUUCCCGAAGUAGCGCCAUUGCUGCUUCCGAAGCAAACAAGGUGGCGGAGAAGAGGAAGGCGCUGGUGGAGGAGAUGGGGGCCCACCUGCUGGAGGAAGAGGAGAAACACAGGCAGGCCCUGGAGAAAAUGCGACAGGAGUUUGAGGAGAAGCUACACUUGUCGAACGAAGCACUUCUUGUUGAGCAGGAGCGUGCGGCAAAGGCGAUAGAAAACGAAGCGGCGCUGGCACUGUACAAGCGUCUGCUGCCCUCUCUCAAGGAGGAGGUGCUUCAGCUCAAGGCUGAGGCACAGGAACGCGUGGACAUGCUACAGAAGGCCAUCGAGGAGUCCAGAGACGACCUGGAGCAGUGCAAGGCAAGGCUCUCGGACGACUACACCAAGCUCAAGUCGCAGCUGGACGAUGCCGUAAAGGAUCUCACCAUUCAACUGGAGAUUUCCAACAGCCAGAAGUGCGAGUUCGAGGAAGAAGCAAAGAAGCUGAAGCAAGAGCUCAAGGACAACGUAGAGGAACGCAAGAUUCAGGACAAGAAGGGAUUGUCCAUGGUGAAGGAGUUGAAAAGGCAGUUCCAGACGGAAAGGAGACGGGCAGACAAGCUUCAGGAAAGGCUUCAGGAAGUUCUCAACGACACGAGUCUCGGUAGAUCUGCAGACGAGCUGUUUCAGCCCAUUAGCUAUGAGGAGCGCCAGCGCGGUGACUCCAGCAGCAUCGGUUCCUGGAGCUAUGUGUCUGGCAACAACGAGAACUCCAAGGACAGCAGCAAGGACAGUGCAAACAACAACAGCAGUGGGGGACACUCUGUCAACGGAGAACAGUCGGCACCAGCAAAGGCGUCCCCCGGUCUCUUGGAGCAGGAAAACAACGAUCUGGUUGGGAGACUCGCGGCACUUCAGGAAGAGAAAUGGGUCUUGGAGGAAAAGAUCAACCACCUUGAAGUGAGCAACUCUUCUAUGGCAGAUGACCUGGUCAGUAAGACAGCCAUCAUCCAAUACUACUGCAUGGACAGCAAGUAUGCUCUUCACACACACACCAACGAGCCUGCACUAACCGAUACUCCUACUCAGUCCGAUUUAUCAGUGACCAACCACUCGACAAGAAAGUCUGCCAUGGCACACCACCAAGCUGGUUCGACGCCGGAGAAGCUGACGGUGAAGCGCCUCGUGGACUUCAUCAAGGACAAGGGAGACGAGAACCUGAAGGAGAUGAACAGACGCAUGCAGCGCAUGCUCGAAGAGACCCUCACCAAGAACAUGCACUUGCAAAAGGAUCUGGAAGUAAUUUCUCAAGAACUGCACAGAAUUCGGCAACUGGUCGAGGCACCUGGCAAGGAUGCCAAGAUCUAGUGACACUGCGGAAAACACCAACUGUGCAGGAUGAGAUCCGAAGUUCAGAAUCAAAAACAAAGACGGGUCUUGAUGCUUGUUGUAAAUAGGCUUUGUAAAACAAUUGAAGUAAUAUAUAUGCAGCAGAGCUGCAUUUUUCGGAGAGUUUCUUCAAAUCAAAAGAGGCACAUUGAGCCUCUCAAUUUUUACUACAUCGAGCUAUUACUGUUACGCUUGCCUAACCAAUUUAUCCAGUUUGGAUUCCGGUUCCAGUAUUCAAUUGAAACAACUGAGAGGUUCUGUUUUGUCAAGUGGUCAAUGUUUUUUGUACAGCUUUUUAGAGCACAUAUUUAUUCAUUCUGAAAUAGCCGGUGGCCAAGUUAGAUGUUUGUUCAUGUUGAAUGUUCCUUGCUUUUUGCAUGGAUUAUGAAACCUUGUUUUAGUAUUGUGCAGGCUUCUGUUUUCUUCAAAUAAGAUCUAAGGAGUUAGUGUUUUUACAACAGUUUUAAAAGGUUAAAUAGAUUCUUCUUGUAAAUAAUUCUAUGAAAGCUUAUAAAAUAAAAAUAAUGGAAGUAUGGUAAAAGGUAUGAAGUCAAUCGUGUAUAUAGUCUAUAUAUCUGAUCUGCAAAGCACCUGCAACAUUGCAGUAUAGUCAUUCUACAACUAUAGUUUAGCCCACAACUAAGAAAUCCAGUUUACAGAACUAAGUCUUGCAGUUUGUGCGCUGGCAUAGUGUUUAGAGAAAGCUGAAUAGGGCUCUAAACAUUCCGUUGCUCGUAAGUUAAAUGUAUAUAGUGUAUGCCUUUGGUGUGUGACAUGAAUAAAAUGAAUAAUACAAAUAAAGUGAAUGAUUUUGCCAA